CAAGUAGUAACGAUAAAUUGAAGCUCAAACAACAACAAAACGAAGAUUUCUGUUCCUAACACAAUGGAUGAACAUUUCAGCAGAUAGCAUUCUCCACUUGUCUUCACACUGGAUCCCAUUGAGAAGGCAACAGAAGACAUAGAAGGUGGAGUCAAUAUGUACAUUACGUGCGGGGAUCAUGAAACAGGAGCAGCUUCUGUGGAGCCUGUGGAGACUGGAUAUGUACCAAACAAUCCGCUGUUUUCGCUGUCGCUCGAUAGUCCACAGGAGUGUCCUUCGUCAAUUUGUGACGGCAGUUGCAACUUUAGCGAUCACCCAUCUUUACCAUUGCCUGGCAUUCACGAUUGCGGAAGCUGUCUUGACCACAACGGUGUACUCAGCUCUCAAUCCACUUUGGGGUCAAGCUAUUGGAAUGAAGAUAUGUCUACAUUUUCGAAUUUGCCGCCUUUAGACAUUGAGCCGUUACCUAGUUUGUUUCCUUUUUCGCCCUGCGGAACGUCAUUCAAAUCUGAACGCCCAAGUCACGACGUCGCUGACGUUUUAUUGUCUCUCAAGCACUCGGGCGUAAUAAAACCUCCACAAGAACCGUCAAAUCAAUACACAAACAAUCAAAAUAACGCGUCCUACCAAACGCCACAAGCAUCUCUCUCGUACACAGUUCAUCCCCAAAUGCUCGUUUCGCCCUCGCACACCCAUCAGUCGUCGCAGGGACAAAAUGUCCCGUUUUCCACGGCGAAUUAUUACGAGCCCGGUGCUUGUAGCAUGCAACAUCCUCCCCUCUACCCGAGCAUGAGUGUCAACGUUAGCAUGAACAUGACGAUGCACGGCUAUCCAAACGGGCCCGAAGUUCCUAUGCAGUGCUCGCAAAUGCAAUGGCCUCCCCAGAACACGAGUUCGAGCGUAAAUGUGCUUUAUCCGCCGCUACUUAGUCCGGGUGCUUAUCCAAAUGGUGCAACUUAUUCGUUUACGGCAGAUUUUCGACCGCAACCAACAACAAACACAUCUUCUUCGUCUAGUUUGACGUCGUUGACUUCCUCCACGAACGCCAAUCAAAAUUUGUCCAUUGACACGUCGUCGCCGCAUAAAAUCCCGUCGGCAUCGAAUAUUCCGCCUCUCUCGCCGAAACAAUAUUACCAAGCGUAUCCGAUGCCGUCUCAAAGCCCGAUUUGCGGAAUUGCGCAACAAACGAGUGUUCGCGUCAAAAGUCCCAAGGAGCUCAAGUACGAGGACGAGGAAGACAGUCAAGAUGGCGUUUAUAUGCCCCAAAAUGCGGGCGACUUGAAACCAAAUAUGUGUGGAUUGUGCAAGAAAACGUACGCCAGGCCGAGCACACUUAAGACGCACCUCAGAACGCAUUCAGGUGAACGGCCAUACAGAUGUCCUGACUGUUCAAAAUCUUUUUCACAAGCAGCUAAUUUAACGGCGCAUGUUCGCACACACACAGGCCAAAAACCAUUUAGUUGUCCAGUUUGUAACAGAAAAUUUUCACAAAGCUCGAGUGUGACAACGCACAUGAGAACCCAUUCCGGCGAACGUCCAUACCGAUGUAAAUUUUGUCGCAAGGCUUUCUCCGACUCAUCGACACUGACAAAACAUUUAAGAAUUCACAGUGGAGAGAAGCCCUAUCAAUGCAAAUUAUGUCUACUUAGAUUUUCCCAGUCUGGCAAUUUGAAUCGACACAUGCGUGUUCACGGCACGAAUGGUACAUUGUUGGCUUGACAACGACAAUUCCAGUCGGCAACCACUUACAAUUACUCGACAACGAGUGGCGGUGGCAGCAUCUCGAACAGCAACGGUGCAAAUAAUCAUCAUCAUCAUCACAUCAAGACUUUUCAUCAUCAUUCGGCGGCGGCAGCGACAUUUGCGCCAAUGGGAGUCUCUCAAUACACGUCGGGCAUGAAUAACGGACAUUGGAUGACGGAUGACUUCCAAAAAUUCAAAUUUGACGAAUAUGCGUUUAGUCGCAUGAGUGCCGUAGCGGGACAUUCACGAUAAUUUUUUUUUUAGCAAUUCUUAAUUAAAUUUGACAAAAUUUGUACAAAAAUGUCAAACGUCUCAAAAAUUGUAAAUAUUUCUUUCAAAUUGCGUAUCAUUCAUAAAAAAAACAAGCGCUGGAAGGUGCAAUAAUUUUUAGCUUGAGCAAGUUCGUGUUCUAUUAAAUUUCUUCAUACAAAAAAAAAAUCAAUCAACGCACUUGUCCAUUCCUUUCCUCUCACAAAGUAGCUCUUAGAUGUCAUUUUUAAGUGUAAAUUUAAAUAAAAAUGAAAAAAAGG